AAACCUAAUUGGACUAUCAUACAAUAUGGAACUUCAUUAAUCACAAUAUAAGAUCAUCUUAGGAACAAGAAUUAAGGAUUACACAAUGUGAUGCAAUCCGGAUAACUUGCAAAUAAGGAAAGUGUGAUUAUACUCUUUGCAGGUUGAGGAAACCUAAUUCUAUGUGGACUAUAAUUAGUUUACUAAGACAUGAAGUAAAGUAUGCUUUGCAGAGGAGUUGAAUCCAUGAUUCACAAGGAAAUCUUUAUGGGAAGGUUUAGGAAUCAUCAACUCAUAUAUAAAGCAAGGUCCCUGUUCUCACAAUUAAUCAAGCAAUAUUGUCUACCCCAUUAUAGACUGCUAAAGCAUUGGAGAGAACAGAAGACUUGUGCUUUCGGCAUUGCGAUGGCUUCUACAUCAUCAGUUAUGAGUCAGAUGACAAAAAUUGAAACACUUACUGGUAGCAACUUUAAGAAGUGGAAAGAAGAUGUAGAAAUAGCUCUAGGACUUAUGGACAUUGACUUGCCACUUAGAGUUCCCGAACCACCAAAAAUUACUGAUACUAGCACCAGACUUGAAAAGGAUAAAGCUGAAAAAUGGGAGAGCAACAAUAGGAUGUGCAUCAAGAUUAUGCAGAGGGCAAUGACUGAUACAGUAAGGGGAGGGAUUCCUGUUUGUGAGAGAGCCGCAGAUUUUUUAGCAGCCAUAGAAGAAAAAUUUAAGGAAAGUGAUAAAGCUGAAAUAACAAAUCUCAUGAAUACCCUUUCGACUAUGAAGUAUGAUGGUAAUGGAAGUGUUAGGGAGCACUGUUUGAAGAUGAUUGAUAUUGCAAGUAAGCUGAAAACUCUAGAAGUUCCUGUAGCAGAUCCAUGGCUAGUUUAUUUAGCUCUUUCUUCUCUACCUCCUCAGUUUAGUCAACUAGUCACAACCUACAACACUCAGAGAGAUAAGUGGACGAUUAAUGAACUCAUAUCCAUUUGUGUGCAAGAAGAGGAUAGGAUUAAGAAGGAAAAAGGCAAAGUUGUUGCCACAGUGAACUUGGUGACAAAAGGGCAGUCAAAGAACUAUAGGGUUAAGAAGCCUACAUUCAAAAAUUUCUCUAAGGGUUCAUCUUCUGCUGGAGGAUCUCACUUUUCUAAAGAUAACAAAACUUCCAACUCAAAUGUUUUCAAAUGCUUUUUCUGUGACAAAGUCAGGCAUCUAAAGAGGAACUGUCACAAAUACAGAAAUUGGUUGACAAAAAAGGGGAUUCAUAAAAAGGAGAACACCAAAUAAAGAAGAACAAAACUUGUUCGUAGGGAAGGGAAUGAAGGUUGCAGUAGAG